CACUCCUCUGUGGGGUGGGGGGCAGAGCCGUGGAGGGAAGGCGCCGCUGAGGAUGCCGGGAGGUUCUGGAAAGGAGCUCAGGCCGCGGUGCAGAUGCCCCAGAGCUUCCUCGAAGCAGCCUGUGAUCGCAUGCCAUCCUGCAUGUCACACUGGGACGGCAUCCUUGAGAGGGCCUUAGGUGCAAGGCCAGGGUGUGCUUUCACCUGGGGGAAGGGUGGCUGCAGAGGGCUCGGAGCCCACUCUGAAUUUGGGGGCGUUUCUGGAGCAGUUGCCCCCUGGCGUCUCCCCGGCUGUGACUGGAAGGAGGGGCAUAGCCGGAGUCCCGCAGUGCCCCUGUGUUCUCAGCCCCAACACUAUGCUGCCACCGUCAGGCCUGCUGGGCCCUGCCUGUUGGAGCCUGACGGAAACCGGGGAUCCUGGGCUGGGCGGGUCCCGUGGGGAAAGGGAGAGACAGAUGGUCAGGAGCACAGAGAAGCGGUGUUGUUUGACUCCAGUGAGCCUCCUGGUCUUUGGCAGUGGUUAGAGAAGAGCCAUAGUCUUGAGCAAGUAGAGGCAGGCAUGAGGUUUGAAGUCAGGGUCUGGGAACAGGUCAGUGCAUGGCCCCCACGCCCCACUCGGGGGGCCCUCCCUGGCCUCUGUGUCAGCCACUUCUGCUCAGAGGCUGAGCUCUGCCAGCUGCUUCCUCACACCGAGGCCUCUGGCGCCUGGAGUCUCCUGCGACCCUCACCCCCUCCUCCCUGCCUGCAGAGACAAGUGGAGGUAAACGUCCGUAACAAGAUCCUGUACCUGAUCCAGGCCUGGGCGCAUGCCUUCCGGAAUGAGCCGAAGUACAAGGUGGUCCAGGACACCUACCAGAUCAUGAAGGUGGAGGGACACGUCUUUCCAGAAUUCAAAGAGAGCGAUGCCAUGUUUGCUGCCGAGAGAGCUCCGGACUGGGUGGACGCUGAGGAAUGCCACCGCUGCAGGGUGCAGUUCGGGGUGAUGACCCGUAAGCACCACUGCCGGGCAUGUGGCCAGAUCUUCUGUGGAAAGUGUUCUUCCAAGUACUCCACCAUCCCCAAGUUCGGCAUCGAGAAGGAGGUGCGCGUGUGUGAGCCCUGCUACGAGCAGCUGAACAGGAAAGCGGAAGGAAAGACCACUUCCACCACUGAGCUGCCCCCCGAGUACCUGACCAGCCCCCUGUCUCAGCAGUCCCAGCUGCCCCCCAAGAGGGAUGAGACGGCCCUGCAGGAGGAGGAGGAGCUGCAGCUGGCCCUGGCGCUGUCACAGUCGGAGGCAGAGGAGAAGGAGAGGCUGAGACAGAAGUCCACGUACACUUCGUACCCCAAGGCAGAACCCACGCCCUCAGCCUCCUCGGCGCCCCCCGCCAGCAGCCUGUACUCGUCACCUGUGGUUCUGUGGAGUGGCCAGGCUGCUGCAGGCCCAGGGGCUCAGAACAGCUCUGCCCCGAACUCGUCGGCGCCUCUGGCUGAGGACAUCGACCCUGAGCUCGCGCGGUAUCUCAACCGGAACUACUGGGAGAAGAAGCAGGAGGAGGCUCGUAAGAGCCCCACGCCGUCGGCACCCGUGCCUCUGACGGAGCCGGCUGCACAGCCUGGGGAGGGGCACGCAGCCCCCGCCACCGUGGUGGAGAACCCCCUCCCGGAGACAGACUCUCAGCCCAUUCCUCCCUCUGGUGGCCCCUUUAGUGAGCCACCGUUCCACAACGGCGAGUCCGAGGAAAGCCACGAGCAGUUCCUGAAGGCGCUGCAGAACGCCGUCACCACCUUCGUGAACCGCAUGAAGAGUAACCACAUGCGGGGCCGCAGCAUCACCAACGACUCGGCGGUGCUCUCGCUCUUCCAGUCCAUCAACGGCAUGCACCCGCAGCUGCUGGAGCUGCUCAACCAGCUGGACGAGCGCAGGCUGUACUAUGAGGGACUGCAGGACAAGCUGGCACAGAUCCGUGAUGCCCGGGGGGCACUGAGUGCCCUGCGCGAAGAGCACCGGGAGAAGCUUCGCCGGGCAGCCGAGGAGGCAGAGCGCCAGCGCCAGAUCCAGCUGGCCCAGAAGCUGGAGAUAAUGCGGCAGAAGAAGCAGGAGUACCUGGAGGUGCAGAGGCAGCUGGCCAUCCAGCGCCUGCAGGAGCAGGAGAAGGAGCGGCAGCUGCGGCUGGAGCAGCAGAAGCAGACGGUCCAGAUGCGUGCACAGAUGCCUGCCUUCCCCCUGCCCUACGCCCAGCUCCAGGCCAUGCCCGCGGCCGGAGGCGUGCUCUACCAGCCCUCGGGACCAGCCAGCUUCCCCAGCACCUUCAGCCCCGCCGGCUCGGUGGAGGGCUCCCCCAUGCAUGGCGUGUACAUGAGCCAGCCGGCCCCUGCCACUGGCCCCUACGCCAGCAUGCCCGGCACCGCAGCUGAUCCCAGCAUGGUGAGCGCCUACAUGUACCCAGCAGGGGCCACUGGGGCGCAGGCGGCUCCCCAGGCCCAGGCCGGACCCACCGCCAGCCCCGCCUACUCAUCCUACCAGCCGACUCCCACAGCGGGCUACCAGAACGUGGCCUCCCAGGCCCCGCAGAGCCUCCCGACCAUCUCUCAGCCUCCGCAGUCCAGCACCAUGGGCUACAUGGGGAGCCAGUCGGUCUCCAUGGGCUACCAGCCUUACAACAUGCAGAAUCUCAUGACCACCCUCCCGAGCCAGGACUCGUCUCUGCCACCCCAGCAGCCCUACAUCGCGGGGCAGCAGCCCAUGUACCAGCAGAUGGCACCCUCUGGCGGUCCCCCCCAGCAGCAGCCCCCCGUGGCCCAGCAGCCACAGGCGCAGGGGCCGCCGGCACAGGGCAGCGAGGCCCAGCUCAUCUCAUUCGACUGACCCAGGCCGUGCUCACGUCCGGAGUAACACUACAGUUCACCCAAAACGCCUCGUCUCUAACUGCCGUUGUCCCACCUCCCUGUCCUCUACUGCUGGUAGUGUUCCCUUCUCUGUGAGUGAGGGGGGGCUUUCACCCCAAGCCCACCUCCCUUCUUGUCCUCAGCACGCUGCAGUCCCUGAGUUGGUCUCUGCUUUCUUUCCCAAGGCUGGGCCAUGGGGAGGGAAGGUGGGAGGGAAGGACCUUCUCCCAGGGGAAGCCCCCAGGCCCGUGGGUUAUGGUCUGUGAGAGGUGGCAGGCAUGGGGACCCUCAUCCCCCGAGCAGCCUGUGCCCUCUGGCCCCACUGUGAGCUGGCUGUGGUGUCUGGGUGUGGCCUGGGGCUCCCUCUGCAGGGGCCUCUCUCGGCAGCCACAGCCAAGGGUGGAGGCUUCAGGUCUCCAGCUUCUCUGCUUCUCAGCUGUCAUCUCCAGUGCCCCGGAAUGGUGCAGCGAUAAUAAAAUCUAUUUCAGAAAGCA